AUGGCGCCCCGACUCGACAGACUGUCCGCCCAGACAGUCAUCCGACCACCAACAGAGCGCACCCUCCGAUUCACAGAGAAUGGCACCUUCCACAUCUCAGUCUUCGAAGACCUACAUUUCGCCGAAGACGACAAAAAAGACGAAAAAUCAACAGAAGUGAUGUCAUACAUCCUCUCAAAAGAAGAAAUCGACUUCGUAGUCCUAAACGGCGACUUAGUCUCCGGCGAGCGGACCCAAAAAGCCGACAGCAAGAAAUACGUCGAUAGAGUCGUGUCCCCGCUUCUAGACGGGGGAUACAAAUGGGCUUCGACGUACGGCAAUCACGACAGCGAGGUUAACCUUGAUCCCAAGGAAGAUAUGUUCGAGGCUGAGACGCGUCAUGCGAACAGUCUUACGGAGAGUAAGGUUUUCGGUCCGAAGGCUGGUAUCACUAAUUACUACCUGCCUGUUUUCUCGCAUCGUGCGGCGCCCACCGAUAAGCCGGUGCUUAUUCUUUGGUUCUUUGAUUCGAAGGGUGGUCAUUACUAUCAGCCUGAGGGAACUGGAGGGCCUUCUGUUAAGAGGCCGAGUUGGAUUGAUGAGUCUGUGGUGGAUUGGUUCACUGAUACGGAGUCCAAAAUCAAGGACAAGUGGGGUGUCAUCCCAUCGCUGGCUUUCUAUCAUAUCCCGGCCCAUGCCAUGCUGGAAUAUCAAAGCAAAGACAACGUUGACCCGCAUCGAAACCCAGGUAUCAAUGGCGAACGAGUGAAUCCGCAGGGAACAGGCGAUUGGAGCUAUGAUAGUCAAGAUGUCAAGUUCAUGAAAGCACUCCUUCACACCGAGGGCUUGAUUGCCGGGUUCAGUGGCCACGACCAUCAAAAUGACUGGUGUUUCAAAUGGGACGGCACUCUAAUCGACCACGACCUAACAGGAAACGGCAUGAACAUGUGCUACGGCCGACACACAGGGUACGGAGGCUACGGCGACCUAACCCGCGGCGGCCGACAAAUUCUACUGAAUGAGAAGAGUCUCCAGGAAGGAAUCGAGACUUGGAUUCGGUUGGAGGAUGGGUCCAUCUCUGCGCAUGUCACGCUGAACUCGACUUAUGGUCAGGAUCCGUAUCAGGCGGUUUCGAAUGGUGGUGUGACGCGGCCGGGUGUUAACUCGGAGGGAUCGGUGCUUUCGCUUUUCUGGAUGUUUAUUCCUCUGUCCAAGCUUUUCCGGUGGUAG